AUGAUGAUGAUUCGAUUUCAGUUGCUGAUUCUUGUGUUAACAAUUUCUACAACAGUGAGAAACAAAAUGGCUACUGCAGAGAUUGAAUACAGUCUUGAUUCAGUGAGAAAGGCUUUGGUUAGACAAGAAGAUACAAUUGUUUUUGGUCUCAUUGAGAGAGCCAAGUUCCCUUUCAAUUUUCAUACAUAUGAUAAGAAUUACAUUCAAACCCAUGAUUUUUGUGGCUCGUUGAUUGAGUUUGUUGUCCAGAGUACCGAAACUGUUCAGGCUAAGGCCGGAAGGUACGAAAACCCGGAAGAGAAUCCCUUCUUUCCGGAAAAUUUACAAUCAUCACUUGUGCCGUCUUACCCUUUCACAAAGAUUUUGCAUUCGGGAGCCGCUUCAGUUAACAUAAACAAGUCCUUGUGGAAAAUGUACUUUGAUGACUUGCUUCCGUUGUUUGUUGCUUCGGGCGAUGAUGGCAAUUACGCACAAACUGCGGCUAGUGAUCUCUCAUUGUUGCAGGCCAUUUCUAAAAGGGUUCAUUAUGGAAAGUUUGUAGCUGAAGUGAAAUUCCGGGAAUCUCCUCAAGACUACGAGCCUUUAAUUCGUGCUAAGAACAGAGAAGGGUUGAUGAAAUUGUUGACAUUUAAGAGCGUUGAAGAGAUGGUGAAGAAGAGGGUUGAAAAAAAGGCGACAUUGUUCGGACAGGAAAUAAGCCUCGACAGCAAUGAUGACAGCAAAGAGAAACAAAAGCUUGAUCCAUCAGUGGCUUCUAAAUUGUAUGAGAAAUGGGUAAUACCUCUUACUAAGGAGGUUCAGGUGGAUUAUCUAUUGCGCCGGUUGGAUUGA